AUGGCAGACCUGAAGGGCGUUGUUGGAGGAGGAGCCACCAACAGAAUCAGUCUCUUCAAUGCAGAUUACAGCCCGCUGCAUCAAAACGUGGAUGUUAAGGCCAUUGGCGAUACUGGUUGCCUCGGAUCAAGCUGUAAACUAUCAGACAAGGCAGCAGAGAAGGAUCUGAGCAACUUCUUCUCCAAGUUUCUUGACCAUGGAAGCCAUGCGGGACGGGUGCAAGCGAGAUCCGCAGUUCGGAACAAGCCUCUGAAUGAUGUGGCUGCUACCAACGACAUGGCAAACUACUAUGACAGUUUGUCUGGAACCGUUCGCAAGACUCCAUCUGUGGUGUUGGCUGAGAGCAAGCAGCGACACAACGUGCAGAUAUCUUCUAACGAGGAUCGCAAGCAGUUUGAGAGCUAUUUCCAUCAACUCUCACAGAAAGUGCAGAAGAAGCCGGAGGUGUUGGAGGCCGAGAAGGCUGCAGAGAACAAGGCGAAGCAGGACCUGCUUGCGUCUCUGAGAGAAUCCAGGAAGUCAGCUGAGAAGAUCAAGAAGGCUCAUGAUGAAUCAAAGUACAUCGCUCGAAUGGACAAGGAGCUUGUUCGUGCAGAUCAGCAAAGGCGGCAUGCACACCCCACCGCACAUGAUACGCUCUCGCCAAAGGAGGCGAAGCCUUCGCAAGAUUCGAUGAAGGAUGUUCAUGCGACCGUGUUGUCUGCAACGGCUUCUCAGAAUGACUGGGAUCAAUAUUUCGAUGCACUGAACAAGCAAGUUCACAAGUCACCAACUGUGCUGGCAGCUGAAAAGCAUGAUGCAGUGAGGGAAAAGCAACACGAGCUGAACACAAGAUCUAACGAUCUCAAGGCAACGAGUCUGCUGAAGCAAUGGACCAUGCAACAAGCAGUCCCUUCCAAGCAUCUUUCCUCCUCUGAAGCAGAGAAUUCAAUGGAGUCCUACUACAAACGUUUGAACAGCGAGGUGAAGAAGCGCCCGAGUGUGAAGCGAGCAGAGACCAAGUCGAUGCAAGAUAUUCAGAGAAUGCGGGAUAUGAUCCGGAAGAACAAUGAGAAGUCGCAAAGAUCCCGUCUCGCAUGGGAACGACGAGAGGCUGUUCCAGGAGUACAUCUCAGCACUGAAGAAGCGAAGAAACAGGGGAACAAAUACUUCCAAAGUCUUAAUAUGAUGGUUCACAAGACUCCCAUGGUUGUACAUGCUGAGCGGGAAGCGAAAUUAGUGCAUAUGAAGAAUGUUGAGGCUGAGGCGAGGGUGAGAAGAGAAGAACAAAGAAUGGCCAAGGAAUUGAAGAAACAAGUGGCUGUCCCGAGCAUCCAUCUGUCGGCAAGCGAGGCCAAGAAAGAGGCAGAGAAUUACUUCGAUUCGUUGAGCUCACAGGUGCACAAGACUGCUAAGCAGAGCAGAUUGCUAAGCAGGAGGCCCAACAAGAGAAGCAGAGCGGAGAAUCGACAAGGGAACAUGAUGAAGGUGGCUGAGGAGGUGGUGGAUAAUACCCACCUUCCAAGCGAGACCGGCCAGCUGAAACUGAAAUGGAAGGGAAGCGAGCCCGCGGGGAAGUUGUACCGGCAGCUCAGGAACAAAGUCCUGCAGGUGAAGGGGCGAGGAGAAGGCUCUCAGGGGCAGGUUGAUAGUGAAUGGAGGUCGAAGAGACUGCCGUUGGAGAAAGAGUAUGUCAGGGAAUAUGCAUAAUGUUAAUACAGUUUCUUUGAUUUUU